ACUAAAAAUUUAUUUUAAUAAUAAAAUGUCAAAAAUAUAUCACUGAAAUUUAUCAUAUGAAUAAAAAUGAUUUAAGGUUAAUAAGAAUGUGAAGAAAAACUUCCAAAUUUCCCAGACACUACAGGGAAUAGCUCUUUUUCUUGGUUGGUCAAAAGAAAUAUCAAUAUUGAUUAAAAUUAAAAGGCAAGACAGUAGUUUAUUUUUAAAUGUCCGCUCGGCAAUGGCACUGUAUGCAGUCAAUUUGUUUACCAAAUCCUGAAUUUUAUUAAAGUUUCAGGUAUUAUUGUAAUUUAAAUAAUGGCAAUUGCUGAUGAUCAACAUUUCUGUUUAAAAUGGAACAAUUUUCAAGCAAAUAUCACGUCCCAAUUUGAGACUUUGCGUUACGACGAGGAUUUCACGGAUGUUACAAUUGCUUGCGAUGGUCAGAGAUUACAAGCACAUAAAGUCGUUUUAUCAGCUUGUAGUCCUUUCUUCAAAGAAUUAUUCAAGACGAACCCCUGUCCUCAUCCAAUUAUAUUUAUGAGAGAUGUCGAAGCUAAACAUAUCACGUCUUUAAUAGAAUUUAUGUAUGCUGGAGAAGUGAACAUCGCUCAAGCUCAUCUAUCAACAUUUCUUAAAACUGCGGAGUCCCUAAAAAUUCGAGGGUUGACGGACACUACAUCUGAUUUACAUAAAGAAGAUGACACUCAAGACACUGUUUAUUCUCAGCACAGCUCCAAACAUAAAUUAAAUAAGUCUCCAAAUCCAAAUAGUACUGUAACUUCUAGUCAAGAUGUUCCUGAAACAUUAUUACCACCUUCUAGUCCACCAACCAAAAAAGUAUGUAAGUCUGAAACAGAAUCGUUGUCUUCGAAGCAGGAAAAUGUGGCUGUGAGUGUUUUCAACUUGAAAGACAUAACUGAAAACAAAAAUAAAGAAUUUACGAAAACGACUCAACCAAAACUCGAAUUACCAGAUUAUCUAAGCGAUGUAGCUGAUGACGAAGAUGGUAGAGAGGAUAACGAAGGUCUUUUAGGAUUGUUUCCGACCACUCAUAUUAGAGAAAUGUCAGGUGGAAUGGAAAUUAUACCGCAGUCUUCCGGGUUUUAUGAAAAAGAUACCAAACACGAACAAUUAGGACACGGUUUGAAGUUUAAAAGGAGAAAAUCGAUGGAAAGUUGGUUUUUUAAUAAUAACGAUCAGCAGAUGAAUUUAUACGAAGAUUCGACUGAAUUACCACCGAUAGUAGGCGAAAGACAAAAAAACGAGAGAAGAAAUAGACUGAUAAAACUUGGGGAAGGAAUAGAAAUAUACGAAGAUCAAUUACGUAGCGUAAAAUGGAAUGAUUAUAGAAAAUUAACUAGAGGUCUGGCAACUAUACUGUUCAGCCCCGCCGAACUGGCGACUUGUUCGGUAACAGGCCAAAGAUGGAGUCGUGCCGGAAACGGGGAAAGACCGGUAAAACCGGCUUUAGAUCGUGCCAAAGUACAAGCAAUCAUAUCGUAUGUAGCGAAUAGAUUUCCAAUGGUAGAAAUAAGUAGGAUAAAGCAAGUAUUGGCCUACAAAUGUAAAGAGAAUUCGACUGCUUUUAAAAUGAAAGCAGUACGAUAUUUUGGAGAUCAAAUGAACAAAUGAAAUCUUAGUCGAAAUAACAGGAAAAAGAUGUGUCAAAAUAUUAAUUUUCGGUUUUAAUUAAAAGAAAACACUAAUUCAUCAAAUAGUUUCAACUAAAAAUAAUUUUAUAAUUUAUUAAUAUGUUUAUUUGUUGUAAAAAAUGUUGUAAGUUUAUUUUUUGUUAAUAAAAAUUUUGUUUGUUGUUGAUUUACAUUAAAAAAUGGUGUUUGCGCUGCCCUACCAACUUCCUUUAUGACAUUAUCUAAAAUAUUCGAAGCUAAAACCACCUUAUGAGAAUUUUUUUAGUACUUACACAUUGUUUACACCACUACUGCACCAACACUCACUAUUACACUGUUUGACGUGCGUUUCGAUAACCGAAUAAUCGUCUUUAGACUCUGAGGACGAUUAUUUGGUUAUCGAAACGCGCGUCAAAUAGUGUAAUAGUGAUCUAAUCUCAAGGUGACUUUCAAAAUAAACGAUUUUUAUCUUUUUUGUCCGUUAACGUUUGUCCCAAUGAAAAAAAACUCUUCUAUUUCCAUAAUAAAACCACAAAAUCAUCUCAAAAAACAAAAAGCGAUACACACGUCAAAAAGAAUAACAAAAUUUUUAGGUUAAAAGCAGCAACGUCAAGUUUAUGAAUCGGCCGUUGACGUUUGCUGUUACAAAAUUUAAAACAUUAAAAUGAAUAAGACCAAUUAUAGUUUGACGUUGCCGUUUGCCGAUCUGCCAUUGGUGACUUUCAACAAAUUUUAUCUGUCAAACGUUCGUAGCAAUAGAAAAGAUCCAGUCACAUCCGUUUGAUUCUGUCACGUGAUUUUGCCGUAUGACGUUUGAGCGUAAUGUUGAGGUUAUUUCUGUUUGUUUUUUUUAUGGUAGUCUUUUGGUUUUGCUUGUUUCAUAUUCGUAAUUUUCCGUAAUAUCAUCCAUAAAUAGCCAAUUACAAACAAAACGAAAAGCCGUACACACGUCAAAAAGAAUAUCAAUUUUUUUUGUUAAAGGCAGCAACGUCAAGUUUAUGAAUCGACCUCUAAUUGUCUUACUAUUAGCACUCAUCGUCAUACAAUUGACUAAUUUUGAUAUAAAAUUUGUCCAAUAAUCUUUUUGGUCCACACUGUAUAACACACACACGAGCAAGUUUUUCAAUUUCCAUUCAACUUUUCUUUCACUGCUCCUAAACAAUCAUAGUCUAAACGAUUCAGAUUUAAUUAAUAAUAGUACCCACUGUAUGUUUUCAUGUGCAAAUAUAUUUAUCUAUAAAAUAAUUUCAUUUGGA